AUGGCACGCCUACUGAUAGCGAUUACCAUAUUGUUCAUUCAGCAGCUGGUUUUCGCAGUUAUACUGUGCCCUUUAGCAGCACUUUACUUGUGUGGGUUGGUGAUCACCGGCGGGAUAUCGCUGUGGCGCCUGAUACGGCGCGAUUACGGCGAGGUGGAUGGAGGUGCAAACCUGCAGCCUGCUCUGAAUGUCUUGUACUCACUGGCUCUGUUCCAGGGUGUGCUCUUCUGCUACAGGUUCUUCUCAUAUUCCGCAGGAGAUGGGCUGGUCAGUAAAGUGGUCGAAGAAUACAAGCUGGACAAAGAAGGACCCUUUCGGAAAUCGGUGAAGGAGUACCUGCGUCAGACCAGAAAUGGGUGCGCCAAGGACCCAUCAUUCAUAAAGGAAAGGAACCUGGUCACGUACGCCGUGGAUUUGAUGAAGUUUGAAUCAUCUGGCAGCUACCUCUCCGGGGCAAGGAUUUUGGACGCACUCUUGGCACAGUCAGAGCUCAAGGAGCAGCACUCGAUGAUUGCACAGCUCAUUGGGUCGGCAUCCUGCAGCCAGAUAGUUGAGAAACUGCUGCAGGCGCUCGAUUCGAGAAGCCGGCAAGACAAAGAGAUCAUGGAGCUCGCCGCCAGGAUAGUGGUGAAGCUUGCUGGAGAGAUCCAUUUGAAGCGGUUUCCACAAGGCAUAUUGUGUAUAUCUUCACUGCUCGAAACCUCUCAGAGACAGCCUGACGAUGACAGUGCCCCUUCCGAUGAAUUCAAGUCGCUCAUGAAGCAAGGCCUUGUUAUCCUCGACAGCCUCGCUGCUGACAAACAUAACUGCAGUCUCAUAUGCGAAGACCAGAGCCUUCUCUUCAAGGUCAUGGCCCCCAUAAGCUCUGAUAUGCUCCACCUCAUCGAUCAUGACGAAUGGUUUAGUGUAGCUGCAGCAUCACUGCAAGUCAUGUGCCGCAUCGUGACUUCUCCCGGAAGCACCGGCGAGAAUCUCCGUAACCAAAUCCACGGAAACAAGGAAGUGAUCAGUAGCAUGGAGCAGAUUCUGGAGUGUAAAACCUGUCGUAAACACAAAUUAUACAUACUAGUCAUCAAAAUUCUCACCAAACUACCCAUGGAUGCAGCUCCGGGAGUGGGCACCAAAAGCCGAGGAAAAUUCAUCAAGACAAUGGCUCGCAUCCUCACCUCUGAUUCUGAAACCCAAGAUAGCUCCAUCAGAAAAUUGGCAGGCGAAGCACUGGCGAUGCUAAGCGAAAAAUAUGCUACCAUCUUCUUGAAGGAAAAUGGUGGUGUUGUUGAUGAUCUCAGUAGAAUGCUCUUUAAUGCUGACCACAAUGCAUACAGAAUAACUGCAGCUGAAACCCUGAAGCAUCUUUGUAUGCAUUACAAAGAGAAUGAUGAUUGUUUCAAGGAACUAAUGAAAACCAUGAAAGAUGUCACGCCAAAGGUUCUCGUUCAAAUACUUCCUCGUGGAUCACCAAGGAAGGAAGUACAAGCAGGAAAUGAAACAGAUAAAGACAAGUAUCAGCCACCAGGAGCUGACUUAGAAGAUGGCCAUGGCAGUUGUGGUGUUUCAUCACAAGACAAUGGUUCGGACAAAAUCAUUUCCUCUCUUCAGGAAAAGGAUGAGGAAUCUGUGGACAGGAAAUUGCACGCGGCUUUAUUAUCUCUUUGCGCGGCAAUAUUUGAUAAAUUGAUCAGUGACAAAGGUCAUGAUUUAACUCCGCUGGUUAAUGCAAUUGUCUCAGAAGAUGCUGCAUUUAGCUUUGUUGGGAAGCUCAGGGAGAUGGUUGAAAUAAACAGUGAGCCCACAGCCAAUUGCCUGAUGAUAAUGAAGAUUAUCAGCAAGAUGGUAAUAUCAAUGAUGCAGCAUGGAGGCUGGUACGUAAAAAAAAAUCUGGACAGGUUUGACAGCUUGAUACUAUCUCUGUCUAAUGCUUCAGACAAUAUGUUAGCACUUGAGGGUUUCAUGAUUUUUGCUAGUGCUGAUCGUCUUGCACUGAAGGAAUUUGGCACUCUCGCUUCCCUAGUGAAUGAAGCACAAAAACUUCUGGACAAAAAUAAGAUGGAACAUCAAUCGGGAAUUAUACCAGCACUUUCCGUGUCAAUGGAAGUCAGCUCAUUGAGUAGUACUAUGCACAUUUAAACAUUUACACACUCUGCUAGCUACCUGCUACUUGUGUUGUUCUUAGUACCUAUUGUGGAUUAGUUGAUCCUUAAAAAAAGGGAGAGAUUAUAUGUAUCAUUCCCAGCCUGUUGUGGGCAGAAUCAUAUUUGUAAUUUGUUCUCUAUAAAGUGAAAAUGUGGCUUCGAUGGAGAGUACUUUCUGAAGAAAUCUGUGGUAGCAGCUAGCAGGUCAAGUGUAUAGGCUAUGGUUCAUCUUCUAGGAGGCACUCGGCUCAAGAAUUGUCUUUAAUUGGUAUAUUACUGGAGAUUUCUUGAGUAAGGAACUCAUACAGUUUACAAAUGUCUUUGUAUGGAAAUUCGCCUUACUGGCCAUUCUAUCAGCACGUCAUUCUUAAUAUGCGUUCUUGGUUUACACAAACUUCUUGUGUGUGCCCUUGAAAUUCUUUCAGAAUUUUGUUCAAAGUUGCCAGCUCCAGAUUUAAGCUGCA